GCGCUGUGGGGCUGCCCGGGCUGCGCGGCGUCUGCAGGCGCCACCGCUGCCUCUUUCAGGCUGUGACCCUCCUCGCCGCCGCCGCUUCGCUCCGUCCUCCGACUCCUCGCGCCGCCGAGACCAGGCUCCCGCUCCGGUUGCGGCCGCACCACCCUCCGCGGCCGCCCCCUGGGGAUCCAGCGAGCGCGUAUUCACACGGCAUUCAAUUACGCUGAGUACAGUCAAGCAUACCUAGGUCGUCCUUGGCGGAAGGAACCAUGAACUGGCAUCUCCCCCUCUUCCUCUUGGCGUCUGUGACGCUGCCUUCCAUCUGCUCCCACUUCAAUCCUCUGUCUCUCGAGGAACUAGGCUCCAACACGGGGAUCCAGGUUUUCAAUCAGAUUGUGAAGUCGAGGCCUCAUGACAACGUCGUGAUCUCUCCCCAUGGGAUUGCAUCGGUCCUGGGGAUGCUUCAGCUGGGGGCGGACGGCAGGACCAAGAAGCAGCUCGCCAUGGUGAUGAGAUAUGGCGUAAAUGGAGUUGGUAAAAUAUUAAAGAAGAUCAACAAGGCCAUCGUCUCCAAGAAGAAUAAAGACAUUGUGACAGUGGCUAACGCCGUGUUUGUUAAGAAUGCCUCUGAAAUCGAAGUGCCUUUUGUUACAAGGAACAAAGAUGUAUUCCAGUGUGAGGUCCGGAAUGUGAACUUUGAGGAUCCAGCCUCUGCCUGUGAUUCCAUCAAUGCAUGGGUUAAAAACGAAACCAGGGAUAUGAUUGACAAUCUGCUGUCCCCAGAUCUUAUUGAUGGUGUGCUCACCAGACUGGUCCUCGUCAACGCAGUGUAUUUCAAGGGUCUGUGGAAAUCAAGGUUCCAACCUGAGAACACAAAGAAACGCACUUUUGUGGCAGCUGACGGGAAAUCCCAUCAAGUGCCAAUGCUGGCCCAGCUCUCAGUGUUCCGGUGUGGGUCGACAAGUGCCCCCAAUGAUUUAUGGUACAACUUCAUUGAACUGCCCUACCACGGGGAAAGCAUCAGCAUGCUGAUUGCACUGCCGACUGAGAGCUCCACUCCACUGUCUGCCAUCAUCCCACACAUCAGCACCAAGACCAUAGACAGCUGGAUGAGCAUCAUGGUGCCCAAGAGGGUGCAGGUGAUCCUGCCCAAGUUCACAGCUGUAGCACAAACAGAUUUGAAGGAGCCGCUGAAAGUUCUUGGCAUUACCGACAUGUUUGAUUCAUCAAAGGCAAAUUUUGCAAAAAUAACAAGGUCAGAAAACCUCCAUGUUUCUCAUAUCUUGCAAAAAGCAAAAAUUGAAGUCAGUGAAGAUGGAACCAAAGCUUCAGCAGCAACAACUGCAAUUCUCAUUGCAAGAUCAUCGCCUCCCUGGUUUAUAGUAGACAGACCUUUUCUGUUUUUCAUCCGACAUAAUCCUACAGGUGCUGUGUUAUUCAUGGGGCAGAUAAACAAACCCUGAAGAGUAUACAAAAGAAACCAUGCAAAGCAACGACUACUUUGCUAUGAAGAAAGACUCCUUUCCUGCAUCUUUCAUAGUUCUGUUAAAUAUUUUUGUACAUCGCUUCUUUUUCAAAACUAGUUCUUAGGAACAGACUCGAUGCAAGCAUUUCUGUUCUGGGAGGUAUUGGAGGGAAAAAACAAGCAGGAUGGCUGGAACACUGUACUGAGGAAUGAAUAGAAAGGCUUCCAAAUGUCUAAAAGAUUCUUUAAACUACUGAACUAUUACCUAGGUUAACAACCCUCUUGAGUAUUUGCUGUUUGUCCAGUUCAGGAAUUUUUGUUUUGUUUUGUCUAUAUGUGCGGCUUUUCAGAAGAAAUUUAAUCAGUGUGACAGAAAAAAAAUGUUUUAUGGUAGCUUUUACUUUUUAUGAAAAAAAAAUUAUUUGCCUUUUAAAUUCUUUUCCCCCAUCCCCCUCCAAAGUCUUGAUAGCAAGUGUUAUCUUGGGGGUAGAAACGGUGAAAUCUCUAGCCUCUUCGUGUUUUUGUUGUUGUUGUUGUUGUUUUAUAUAAUGCAUGUAUUCACUAAAAUAAAAUUUAAAAAACUCCUGUCUUGCUAGACAAGGUUGCUGUUGUGCAGUGUGCCUGUCACUACUGGUCUGUACUCCUUGGAUUUGCAUUUUUGUAUUUUGUACAAAGUAAAAAUAAACUGUUAUGAGUAGUAAAAAUAAA